CAUCGGAAAAAAAGGAGGUUGAAAAAAAAAGGAAAACCAAAAACAUUUCCUUUUAUAUUUUCAACUCUUGUGUUUCUGUCCAUUUUUCACAGCCUACCUCUUCGUAACUCUGCUUCCUUCCUCACCCUUUCUUUCUCUCUCCUCCAAAUCGAAUUCCCAAUAUCCCCGGCGAUCAAAUGCUGCCCGACAAUCAUUCGCCGGAGCUCAUAAACGACCAAGCAUCGUCACACUUAGACUCUAAACUACGUCGUUCUGAUGUACCUCUUGAACAUCAACCUUCCAUUGAAGAUGUUAACCCCCACGAUGAACGAACUACGCCGCCGGUGAAUUUUCAGCAGCAUUUUGUAAGCAGUCAAGAACCCAAGCUCGAAGACGACACCGUUUUGAAAGAGGGUUACGUAUCUGCAUAUGAAUAUCAUCUUAUCGUUACAUAUUCGGAUUCAUCUCAUACUGAACAAGACCAAGACCCUUCAGAAUUUGUAUAUGUUGAUCUUCAGGCUAUUCGUAAAGAAGUGCAGUGCCCAAUAUGUCUUGGUAUCAUCAAAAAAACUCGAACAGUGAUGGAAUGUCUGCAUCGCUUUUGUAGAGAAUGCAUCGACAAAUCAAUACGGAUGGGGAACAAUGAAUGCCCUGCUUGUCGUACCCAUUGUGCCAGUCGUCGUUCUCUGCGAGAUGAUCCAAGAUUUGACGAAUUGAUUGCUGCUUUAUAUCCAGACAUAAAAAAAUUCGAGGAGGAGGAGCUAGCUUUUUAUCAGGAGGACGAAGCUCGCAAUAAGCAGAUUCAAGAAUCUAUUACCCAGGUCCUUAUAAAACAAUCGGAAGCACUUGGCAAGAAGCGUCCUGCAAACAAGGACACAGCAGGCCCAUCACAACAGUCUCAAAGUUCUUACCCAAGGAGGAAGAGGAGGAGAAGAAAUAGUUCUAUUGAAUAUCAAGACUAUGACGACAAUGAUGAUGCACAUGAUAGUGACAAACAAUUUGUUCCAGAUGAACAUCACAGAGAAACCAAGCCAAGGAAGGCGAGAAAUAGGGGUACUGUUGGAGGUUCGCAUAGUCCAUCAACACCACAUUUAAGUGGGGGAUUUGACAAUAAUGUACAACCAAGGAAGGAAGAACAAGGUAUAUCUCCUGUGUUGACCAGUGGAACGAAAAGGCUUUCGUGGGGUAGGGGUGGUGCCCGCAGUAACAAUAGGCAUGGCAAGGUAUAUGAUGUCACAAGUAAAAAUGCCCAACGUAUCCGCUUAGCCAAGUUAGUUGACUUUCUCCACAACAUGGAGGAAAAUGGUGAUGAGUUUGCAGCUUUGCAAAUGGCAUCAAAAGAGGAAAAGAUUCGACUUAUGGGGUUGCAAGAUGUCAAUGAUUCCCACAACCAUAACUCAGUUCUCCAACCAUGUAACGAUAAACAGUCUCAAGUUGUUGAUUUGUUACAAGUCGAAUUGCAUAGAUUGAACAGACAAGAUACUGCUCCAGGGGUUGCUGUAGCCAGCACCUGCAUUUCAAAUGGCGAACGCUUGAUUCUAUCUUACCCACGAAAGGAAGCCAUGUAAAGUAUAAUUGCUCUUCCUAUGAGUGGACUCAAGGCCAAGAGCUUCACCAUACAGGCAAGAACAAGUGAGUUCUAAAUGCCAUGCCCUGGAAUCUGGAUAUUUUGUUAACCAACCGGAAGAGAUACGCCAAUUCGAGAUACCACAUACGUGAAGAAUGCCUGUAGUUUUACAGAUCCUUUCUUUUACACUAUAGUUUAAGUGAUCCUUUACAAAUUACAAUUCUUUUCAUACUGCCGAUUUAUGUAAAUAGCCUGGUAUAUUAGGAUAAAUUAAUACCCCUCUUUAGUAAUGGGCAUAAGUUGAUUAUAGAUGCAGGCAAAUAAUUUGUGUUUAUUAAGAAACAAUUCCUAAUUUUCUUUCCUAUCAUAUUAUCAUACAAUCAUACAAAUUUUAUUGGAACGGUUUGGUCCGGUCUAGUCUGGUGUCUUGGUUGGUUUGGUUUGGUCUGAUUUUUCUGUCAAACCAUAUCAAAUCGAAUUGUGUGCAGCCCUAUAUUG